GAAAAUACACGUAUUAAAAUUUGACACAUGUCAGUGGUAUUUGACAGAAAGGCUGGGGAAAUUGGAGGAGACGGUUGGAACCUGAUGGAUACUGAAGAGAGAUCCAAACACACUGGGAGAUCUCGAGGUUUGGUGUGGUACAUUGGAGCUGCAGUGUGCCUGGGGCUGCUGUAUCUUCUUCUGCUGGUUGUGAUCUUAAGCUAUGUGGCCAACAAUAACAAAGCCACCAGUCCUCAGGGCACUGACCAACUGCAAUUUUUCACACUUGGUCAGACCGAGUGUGAAAACAUGACUCUUCAGUGGAUCCAGUUACAGAAGCGCUACAACACGUUGUCAAAAAGCAGAAACCAGCUACAGACCAUGUUCAGUUCUCUGAAUGAAGAGAGAGACGCUCUCAGAGAUGAGAGAGACCAACUGAAAAUGGAUGCAAGCAACCUGACUAAAGAGAUGGAGCUGCUUCAGAGCCGAUUCAACACUGUGGUUACCAUGCGAGAUGAGUUACAAGAGGAGGUCAAAAAGUUGAAUCUCAACAGAACAAAUAAACUUUGUCCCGAUGAUUGGAAAAAAUACAACAACAAAUGCUACUAUGUCUCUGCUCAAGCAGUGACCAAAAGCUGGGACAGAAGCAAAAAAGACUGCGAAGACAGAGGAGCUCAUUUGGUGAUUAUAAACUCACAAAAUGAACAGGACUUUGUCAAAAAAUUUUACAGCCGAAUCUGGAUAGGUCUGUCUGACAAAGACAUAGAGAACAAGUGGAAGUGGGUGGAUGGGACUGAUCUGGUAGGUGACGGAUACUGGCAAGAAGGGGAGCCCAACAAUGAUCGUAAUAUUGAGGACUGUGUGGAGCUCUCUAGUAGAGGAGGCGGAUGGAAUGACAUGCCUUGUUCUGACAGGUUAUCAUGGGUUUGUGAGUAUAACCUUCCAUUGUGAAGCCAUACAAGUUUGUCUUUUGGUUUAUGGUGUUAAGUUUCUUCUAUCACAUUGUACAGUGCAUCACAUAUUUGCAUAUUCAAGUCCAUCUUCUCUCUUAAUGUCAUUUGCCAGUGUUGUUGUCUGGACUUUUCGCUGAGUCCACUGACUGUAUAUAAAUAUGGACAACUUGUCUCCACUUCUUAUCGCUCAACAAAAGUAAAGCCAAGAUACCACCUUUCUAGGAGCUGCCAUCUUGCUUGUGUGUGUCAUUAUUUGGGCGGCAGGUUUAAGAGUGGCUGUCACA